UUCAACUUAUUUCUCGCUUUGUUUUUAUACCGAAAACGUAUGCCAGAGACGCCGCUGGGCAAAACCGAGCCCGUUCAGUGAGCUUUUGGCGCUUGCGGUGAGCGGUUCGCUUGGUUACUUCCACGGAACUUAAUUGUUUACAGUCGUAACGUAACUGCAAAAUAGAUAAAGUAUUAAAACAUAUUAAUAAAAUAUAAAACAUAAUUAGUGCCCCGUAGUGAAACCAACAAUGCAAAGGCACCCACAACACCUGAGAACACACGCCUGAACCAGCUCAUAAAAGAUAUUAAAAACCGGCAGAAAUUGAAAAAAAAAGUAAUAAAAUAAGUUUGCUAACCUACAUAACUUUUAAGAUCCAGCUGCGGAGACAUCCUUUGGCUGCAACAUGGACAGCUCCGUCACAGCCAAUAACAAUAAUAAUAACGACGGCUACAUGAAUCCGGCCUUUGUCGGUUCAUUGAAUUCCUCAACCAUAUCCAUACCCGGUGCAUAUAAGCCCACAAAUGUUGCCAAUGGUAGCAGCAAUCAAAAGCAGCAGGAGGCGGCUGGAGGAGCAGGAGCAGUCGCGGGAGCAGGAACUCCAUCAGGACCUGGAGACAAUCAGCCAGGAGCAGAGGCAGGAGAGCAGGGAAAAAAGCGAGCCAGUUGGAACAAUGAUAUCGAGUUCCUUAUGUCCUGCAUCGCGCUAAGCGUGGGUCUCGGCAACGUCUGGAGAUUUCCUUUCACCGCUCUGGAAAAUGGCGGAGGAGCCUUUGUUAUACCCUAUCUAAUCGUCCUGGUGCUGGUGGGUAAACCAGUGUAUUACCUGGAAAUGCUGCUGGGACAGUUCUCCAGUCGGGGCAGCGUCAAGGUCUACGAUUUCGCGCCCAUCAUGAGGGGCAUUGGCUAUGGCCAGGUCUUGGCCACCGGCAUCGUGACCACCUACUAUGCCACGCUAAUGGCCCUGACCCUCCGCUACUUUGUGGAUUCCUUUUACCCAACGUUGCCGUGGAGCUAUUGCCGCGCCGAAUGGGGCCCCGAUUGUUUGGAUUCGGGACCGCAGGAAGCGAGUGGCAUCAGCCUGGCCAACAGCUCGGUGGUGCGUACCACCUCGGCGGAGUUUUACUUCACGAACAUUAUUCUGCGCGAGAAAACGAGCAUCGACGACGGCAUCGGGUAUCCCAGCUGGAGCCUGGCGCUGGCGCUGGCCAUCGCAUGGGUCAUCAUAGCCGGCAUCAUGUUCAAGGGGGUGAAGAGUUCCGGCAAGGCCUCCUACUUCCUGGCCCUCUUCCCCUACGUGGUCAUGUUCAUAUUGCUGGUGCGAGCCCUCAGCCUACCCGGGGCCUUCGAUGGCGUCCUGUACUUCCUCCGGCCGCAGUGGCACAAACUGCUGGAGCCCCAGGUUUGGUAUGCCGCCGUCACCCAGGUCUUCUUCUCCCUGGCCAUCUGCUUCGGAAACAUCAUCAUGUAUUCCUCGUACAACCGCUUCGGCCACAACAUUUACAGGGAUGCGAACAUAGUGACCACGCUGGACACCUUCACAUCGCUGCUGUCGGGGGUGAUUAUCUUCGGAAUCCUGGGAAACCUGGCCUACGAGAACAACACCAAGGACAUUGCGAGUGUGGUUAAUGGCGGGCCGGGUUUGGCCUUCAUCUCGUACCCCGAUGCGAUAGCCAAGUUUAAGGUGCUGCCGCAACUCUUCUCGGUGCUGUUCUUCCUCAUGCUCUUCGUCCUGGGCAUUGGCAGCAACGUGGGCAUGGCCUCCUGCCUGUCCACGGUGAUCAAGGAUCAGUUUGUGCAUCUCAAGAACUGGAUGAUUGUGGUGGGCAUAGCCAUUGUGGGCUAUUUUCUGGGCCUGCUCUACAUCACCCCCGGCGGCCAGUUCAUUCUCAAUCUCUUGGACUUCUUUGGUGCCACCUUUGUGGCCCUGGUUCUGGCCAUCUUCGAGCUGGUGACCAUUGCCUGGAUCUAUGGUGUGAAGCGUCUCUGUCGGGAUGUCCAGUUCAUGCUGGGCAUCAAGACCUCGCUGUACUAUCGCAUCUGCUGGGCGGUGGUGACGCCGCUCUUGAUGCUCACCAUUCUCAUCUACAUGCUGGCGCUGUACGAGCCGUUGCAGUACAAGAACUACACCUACCAGUCGGGCGUGUACGUGUUCGGCUGGUGCCUCAGUGCCUUCGGCGUGGGCCAGGUGCUCUUCUGGGCCAUUCCCGCCAUCCGGCAGCAGCCAGCCAGUCUGGGCUUCUGGGGCCGGAUUCGUAAAGCCUUUGAGCCACUGCCCAACUGGGGACCCACCGACCCCCACACCCUCAAGCGGUACCAGCUCUACGUGCAGGAGGACAACGUGAGCGCCAUGUUCCGGCGCAGCAGUAUCUGGCACAAAAUCUAUGACAAUAUCUUUGGUUAGCAUCGAAUUAGCAAUAAAACUAUAUACCAUUUAA